AUGACCGGCGCGGUUCAUUCGUUCACUAGAACUUUGCGUGUCGUUGCGUUUCGUAAAUGCAAGUCCAUGUCUCGAGACGCACGGCAAGGGAUUAGAGCGGAUCCGCGAAGGAUAGUCGGUUUUAUAUCAGACAGCAACGGUGGCAUGAACGCUUGCCGAGCGGCGCGCGCCGAUUGGGCGUCCUACACCUGCAAUGCGUCACUGCGGCGCGCGCGCGAACCCGCUGCCGCCUGCCUACCGAGCCCGCUGCGCCACGCCGCACCAAGAACCGGGCGCGCUGCCCCAGUUCGGGAUUGCCUCACCCGCUUCUCCCGCUUCACCCGCAGUACCGCCCGUCUAACGAGAUAA